GAUAGCUGUCACCUCUAGUCACAAACAUCAGACUGAACCUCGAGUAAAAUGGAGCAAAAAAUUUCACUCUGCAGUAAAAUUUAAAAUCUGUUCAACCAAUAGGCCGAUAUAUAAAACCGAGAUUGCCCUACAAUAAUAGUUCGCGUACUUUUGACUCAAGAAGCAAAUCAGCUCCGCAGAACAUCUUCCUGCAUCAUUACUUGUCGGUAUCAAACAGAAUGGCAAAGCUUUCUGGAAAACUUUUCCAUUUAAAAACACCGAAACAAAACAGGACGGUUAGAGCCUUUCCAUUGCUAUAUUGCUUCACGCUGGCUGCUCUUCAACAGUUACCGAAAGCAAGCCCCAGUUUUCUCGGAUUCAAACCACUAUCGGCAUUAGCUGACUCUUCGGACAACUUGGAAUCCCGCGGAACGUCGUACAUACCAUUCAGAAGUUUACCAAAAGAGAAGUUCAAGCGUCUCGUACCGUAUCUUUACUACGAGGACGACGAUCAACUGGGCGCACUUACAACACAACCCCUGGAAGUUCCCCGUCGUUAUCCACCUCCGAUGGGACGACUUGAAAAGGCAUUUUUUCUUAUUGGAGGUACAUUUGCUGCGGGAUUUGCCGGAGGAGGGGCCUACGGUAUAGCGGAAGGAAUCACAUCGACUCGUGACUUCCGCGGAAACGUUCGAGUCACACAGAUUUUCAACCAUUUUUUGAAACGAGGAAAAUCGAUGAGUAAUAUCCUCGGAGCAGUCGCACUGUUGUACUGUUCCACUGGAGUGUUGCUACAGUUGGCAAGAGGUGGAAAAGAUGAUGCUUGGAACACUAUCGCGGCUGGAGGUUGUACCGGACUGAUGAUCAAGUCAUCCAUAGGGCGAAGCUUAAAUGGAGGAAUCGGAUUGAUACUCAGUUCUGUGCAUGUUUUGAUCGAACAUUUGAAGAAAGUUGUACUUGGCUGAAUAAAUUUAGAA